CGAACUUCAUUUCACUGAAAACACGUCGAAGGCAUUUUGGUUCCUGAAUCCAGCCAAAAAACUUGUAUAACCCCGUUUUAAUCAAGGAAUGGAAGCUAUGCCUACGUUUACACCAAGCGGAGGCCAGCAACUUCUUGUGCGGGGAACAAUUCAAGAAAAUUUCGACGACAAAAUGCCUCUUACAAGUCGAUACGCAUGGCCUCGUAGGUCGGAAUCGUCGCUAAGCACAAGUAGCUUUCCAAACAGAAACAGCAAAAAUCCAUUUUUUGCGAGGCAUAACCCUCAUCCACAGAGAGUGAGGCAUCUUAAAGGACUUUUAGAUGUCCCAAUUUGCACUGUGAUCGAUUAUACAGUUUGUACACCUACCGUUGGGACACCAACCAUCGACCAAAUGCGGCAGAGACCUUUGAAAUCCAGCCAUGGUUUGCACUUACCAAUCAAUCUAGACAGUGUGAAAGAAAAGGCCGUCCCAUCCGUUGGUUUAGGUAAGAUUUUUUACUGCCUUUCAUUCCACCUUUUUUACUUUUAACCCAUGAUAAUGAUGUUGUAAUCGCACUUAGCAACGAUAAAUUGUUUUGAGCCACUUUGGAUCAGAUGAUAAUUGAUAAUUCCUCAGGUGCAAUUUCUUUGUUGUUCUGGGAACGAACGGUUGUGUUAAAUUCAGGUAGAGAAAUAGCUAAAAUGCUAUUGUGUUGAAAAUGCAUCCGCUAAAUCACGAAAGGCAAAUAGAAUUAAGUGCUUUUAUUGCUUUGUUUGAGUCUUUCUUUGCUUCGCAAAUUCGUGUCAUCAUGGAAACUCUCGUUCGACAAAAUUGCACGUCAAUCGUCAAGGUUGCUGUCAAUGCCAAUUCUAACUUUUAAUUUGCUAAUAGCCGUGGAAGUUUUAAUUAAAAUACUCUGUCCAGCAUAAGCACAUAGAACAAACAGUUUUAAUCUUUACCAUUAUUUUGUGUUUUUUUAAUUAUUUGCAUUUCUAUCUAUAUCUUCGUCAUAAUGUACUGAGUUUUAAUAACUUCGGAAUUAUAAAAACAAACCAGUUGCCACUCUGUGGACUUUAAUUCAUUACUAUUAAUGAUUUCGUUUUCUUGUUUGAAAUAAAUUUCAAUUUUAGUUAAGCUAGGAGAAAAAAAACAACUUUUUUUCCUACAAAUACCCUAUCUUUUCAUUUUAACUCUUAAGUACACGUUUUAUAGCAUUUUUUAAAAAUGUUUGCAGAAUUAACCAAAACCUUUAUGUAAAUCGCAAAGAUUAUCCGUUUUAACUUGACCAUCCCAAACGUAUAUUUUUAAUUCUGUUCUAAUCUAAUUAGAUUCUGUUCUAAAGGUAUAUAAUCAUUGACUUCAAUUGACCAGCACUGCAAAUGUUAAAAACGACAGAAAUGUUCAAGAUUGUUACAGAAUUGAAUUAAACAUCACAAAAAAGUUAUAUUUCCUUCCGUUACAUUUUAGCUGGUGUCCUUGUCUAAAGCCUCAAGUUCCUAAAGAGAAUUCCUUCCUGUAAUAACCCCUAUCAAUACAGUUGCAAGUUUUUAAUAAGCCUUUCUCUGACAGCCCUCAUGUGGCAUUUCUAGUUUCUAAUAAUCUCUCUCUGACAACCCCUGUCUAGAGUUUCAAGUUUCUAAUUUGUCCUUUCUCUAACAACCCUGUGUAAAAUGUCAAGUUUAUAUUAAGCCCCUUCUCUUAGGGGCCCCCUGUCCAGUGUUUCAAGUUUCUAAUUUGUCCUUUCUCUAACAACCCUGUGUAAAAUGUCAAGUUUAUAUUAAGCCCCUUCUCUUAGAGGCCCCCUGUCCAGUGUUUCAAGUUUCUAAUUUGUCCUUUCUCUAACAACCCUGUGUAAAAUGUCAAGUUUAUAUUAAGCCCCUUCUCUUAGGGGCCCCCUGUCCAGUGUUUCAAGUUUCUAAUUUGUCCUUUCUCUAACAACCCUGUGUAAAAUGUCAAGUUUAUAUUAAGCCCCUUCUCUUAGAGGCCCCCCUGUCCAGUGUUUCAAGUUUCUAAUUUGUCCUUUCUCUAACAACCCUGUGUAAAAUGUCAAGUUAAUAUUAAGCCCAUUCUCUUAGAGGCCCCCUGUCCAGUGUUUCAAUUUUCUAAUUUGUUCUUCCUUUAACAACCCUGUGUAAAAUGUCAAGUUUAUAUUAAGCCCCUUCUCUUAGAGGCCCCCUGUCCAGUGUUUCAAUUUUCUAAUUUGUUCUUUCUUUAACAACCCUGUGUAAAAUGUCAAGUUUAUAUUAAGCCCCUUCUCUUAGAGGCCCCCUGUCCAGUGUUUCAAUUUUCUAAUUUGUUCUUUCUUUAACAACCCUGUGUAAAAUGUCAAGUUUAUAACUAGUCUUUUCUCUUAGAGGCCCCACUGUCUUAUGUUUUAAGUUUCAGAGAAUGUACUCUUAAAGAGUGUCAAGUCUCUAUUAAGCCUUACUCUUUUUUAAGCUCCCGUCUAGAGUUUCAAGUUUUUAACAAUCCCUCUCUUUAUUAGAGGCCUUUUCUGUAUGCUUAUAUUCCACUUUAGAUCCCAUCUUAUGUGCAGGCCUAGAACUUUGACACUACUUUGCUACAAGGGGCUCACAGUCAGGCUUUUCCUUUUUCCUAUCAACCCCCAUAUAGAGAUUCCAGAAUUAGAUGCACCUUCCUCUUAAACAACUUCCCUCCAGUGUUUCAAGUUUCUAGAGAGCCUCUUCCCUAACUGAGUAAAGAUUCAAGUUUUAAGGCCCUCCUCUGUUAGUAAACCCUGUCUAGAUUGAUAAGUUUUCAAGGAGAUCCUUGUUUAAAGUUUAGGUCUCUUGAAUUUCCCCUUGCCCCCCUCUCCCCCCUGUCAAGAGUGUUUAGUUUCUUGUUUGUUUCUUCUCCAUUCUCUUCACCUAAAUGAAACUGCUAACCAAAAUUAGGGCGAAAUAGUAAAUACUAUACAAAUGGUUAUCCUACAAUAUUUUGUAGUUAUCCUUUAAUUUGGGUGAUGCAUUUAUAUUUUGAUUAGACAAUUUGCAUCAGAAAGCCUUGUUUAUUUCCUAUAAUUUUUAAAUAUUGAAGAGUUUCAGCCAAAACAAGGAUGCUAGUUUUAAAUAGUUAUCAAGCUUCAUGACAGUUCAGAUUAAGAUAUGUCUCUCUCCCUGGCUCCUUGUGGGUUAGUAAUUAAUCCCUCAAUCUGACAAGGCUUUUUUUUAUAUUCCCCCUCCUUCCCUACUUUUCCUCUCCCCCUCUCCCAAGCCUUGUGGUAUUACUCCAAAGAGCUUGGAAGUCAAUCCAUGUGUCUUGCUUGUGAAAUUCUAUGGAAGGCGUCAUUUGAGUGAACUGUAUGAUAGACUACUGGGCUUAUUUUCUGAAGGAAAAAAGUCAACUGCUAUGUUUGUUUUUAUGGACAUGAUUGACAGAUCAGGAUUUUGUUUUUCCAAAGUUUUAUUACAUGUAUUUUUAAAUGAUCAGUAACGGGGCUUUUUAUUGUCAAACUCUGUCUUCAAUCUUAGUUGUAAUUAACAAAUAACCUUUAACUUCAUUGCAGUCCAAGUUUGUUUAUCACAGACAGACUGAUUAGGACUCCACCAGGUCAUAUUACCAUGCAUUAAACUUCAAGGUAAUGACCAUAAAACCCCACUAACAAUUAUGAUGAUUGUUACUCUGCAGUUCCAAUAACAGAAACCUGGCGAGAGGAGUUGAGGAAACUUACAGAAGCUUCUGGCCUUAAAAGCAAAAGCCGCUACACCAACAUUGCAAGUUAUCAAGUGCCUCCAUCGAGGCAGGGAUCAAGACUAGGGGAGAGACCUCCACCAUCAAGAGGUGGUAUGCUUCCUCCUCCAUCAAGGAAUGGAGAGAAACCACCAUCAAGAAAUGGGGAAAUUCCCCCGUCACGUAAUGGCGAGAAGCCACCAUCGAGGUUGGGAGAGUCCAGACAGGGAGGCAGGCCAUCUGUACUGCGAACAGAACUUCCCUUGCAGCACAUUGCUGCAGAUACUGAUAGUGAUCUGACUGUAAGUAUUAUUCAAAAAUUAUGUGCAGAAGUCAUGGUGAAUGUCAAUCAAAGUGAUGCAUCUCUAUAUAACCAGUGCAAUAUUGUACUGAAAUGGAUUUAUUGGGUUUAUGAUCUUUAUGUCACACUCAGGGUACACAAGGGUGUAAUCAAGUAUAGAUGAUCUCACUAGUUUUCCUAAUACAUGCAAGACAUAGUGGAAGUGACUAAAAGCAUUCCCUAUCAAUUCUCUCGUUUCCAAUGUAGGUGGGAAGGUUGAAUGUACCUCUCCCAUACAAAUUGGCAGAGAGGCUUGUGACCAGGCUUGAAGUUUGCAGCUCACAGAAUUAUUCUGUGAGCUGUCAAACUAUUUGAUCUCAUUUAGGGUGUUUAGCAUGUGCAAAAUGUUUUUCCUUUAUAUAUUCCUUGUAGCUGUGAAGUUAUCUUUAAGGUUAUAAGGGAAUCAUGGUAAAAAAAAACUCUCAUGUACUUUUGGUUAUGAAAAUUGGCAUAGAAUAAAGCAAUACAUAGAGCUUAGUGGAGACAAUUUAUCAUUAAUAUCAUGCAAAUAGAAAUUUAAACAUUUUUAUUUAUCCAUUUUUAUGUGCUUAUUACACGUGUUUGGUUAAAUCUUAGUUGUACUGUAAGAAGGCAGAGAAAUGUUUAGUAUAGAAAAUGUAAUUUUUAGUACUUGAUAUUGAGCAUCAGCAUGCCAUCUUGUUGUUCCAAGAGUCUUGAUGUCAGACAAGAAAUAAAAACCCCACAAAUCUAAUGGGGUGAGAAGUCUGAAUAGCUGGACAAUUCUCCCCUUUGCAGUUCCAUCUCUACUCCAAGGAUUACUACAAAGUAUAAUGGAUGGAAAGCAUUUGAAUAUUGCUGAAAUAUUCACAAUGUAUGUCUUUUCUUUUUUAUGUCUUUUUAGAUGUACAACAUGUUGGUUAACAUUCUCCGACCAACCCAUCCUGAUGAUAUAAAAUCAUGGUUAGUCCAUGCUCCUGAAAGAGGUAUGACCAUAACAAAUUUUCAAAGUGGGGUGGCAUACUUUUCAUGGAGAGGCUGUUAAAGGGUUAAGACAUGGGAAUUUAACCUUAUUCUCAUGAUCGUAAACUAUCAUAGUGUCCUUGGUUUAAGUUUAUGAUCACUGCAAUGGUAGUUAGACAAAUUAAGUCUUUAGUUUUGUCCAGAGCAUGAGCGCUAUAGUCAAUUUGAGUCUAGUCAAUACAAAUUCAUCCAUAAGGUGUCUCACAGACUCCUUGAUUCACUGUUGACCUUAAAUGUGCAUUUUAAUCUUUAAGUUAAAAAAUUGAAGGCAAGGAAUUAUUAGCUAUGAAACUGUCAGUAAAAGCUACAAUACUAAUUAAAAUUUACUCUAACAUGUUAGCUAUGGGGUGUUUUGAAUUGUAUGUAAAUUUGGUAAUUCAAACUGAAUUGGUGUUAGCCCCAAAAAACACUCUGCUCAGAUAGAAUAGAUUAAAAGAUCAAGUUUUUAAAUUUUGUCUACCUUUAUAAGCUAAGAGGCUGGAUUGAUCAAAGCUCAAAUUUUCAUGGUUAGCCCAGAUGCUUGAAAAAGAUCUUAGAUUAGUCUGCUGCAAGUUGACUGCAUCUUGUAUCUUGCUGUCAAGCCCCUUAUCUGGAAAAGGGUUUUGAAUAUAGGAUUUUGUUAAGGUGGCUUUAAAUAGUGCUGUCAGGCAAACAGGGUGUCUGAUACAAAGUUUUACUUGUCUUCAAAAAACAUGUGAUUUAUCAUGUGAUUUAAUUAUGCUUUUAUCAACCCUUUCACUCCCACAAUUACAUUAGUGAUUAUCCGUACUGUUUACCAUACAAUUCUUUUAGUGUUAGUUCUGAGAAUUUGAUAUCGGAUCAAGUGAUAAUCCCCUAAUUGAUAUUUUUCUUUAUUCUCAUCUCUCUUCUGCUUGAAAUUUAAUAGACUUUGUAAGGAGAAAUUCUCUCUUGGUCAUUCAUGGGAGUUAAAGGGUUAAACACUAACUUUAGAUUUACUCCAAUGUUGCAUUUGCAGAAUUGCUCUUUCCUAUCUUACAUGUAUCUAAGUGAUGACUAAAGUUUCCUUUGCUUUGUGAUCACACAGAAAAAGAAAUUGUUCUGGACAUGAUCCGUGCAGUGUGCACAUCUGAUAAUGAGUACAGAGAAGGAUUUAAUGAAACAAUUAAGUCUGUAAUGUAUGAUGAUCAGCUGCUACAACAUGAGUCCAGCCUUGAUUUGGAUGAGAUUCAGAAGUAUAAUGAAACUAAAAGAAAGGAGAGAGAAGAGCUGGAGAGGAAGAAACAAGAGAAAGAAGAAGCAGAGAAACCAAGGUAACAGAUCAUUGUUGUCUUUCCACCCGAACUUUAAAGGACCUGCACAGUAUAGUGUAAAUAAUUAAAUCUCUAGUUUUUGACUGUCAGUUAGUUAUCCAGGAUUUUUUCAGCUGGAGAUUUAACACCAACUGCAUCAAAAUGGUAUUUAGGACCAUGCUAGGAUGUUUUAUACCAUUUAUUAAUGGUGGAGGGGGAGGGGGGAGGGAGGGAAUGACUAGAUCAAGUAUAUUAGUAACAACUGCUGUAGGCAUGCUUGCCAUUAAUGAUCCUUUGUUUCUCAGACAUGAUAUGAACCAUUCAGUCUGGUUUUCAUUUCUUCAAGUGUGCAUAUAUAUAGGCCUUUACCUUUUUUUUUUAUCAUUUCUAUGAAUUGGUGUCUUAGAGGCAGUCAACAUGUGGUAUAAUUUCUAUGGACAUUCAUGGGUCUCAGUGUUAUCUUUAAAUGUACAGUUUGAGUCUUAUGGGAAAUAUACCUGUUUUUGCUUUAAAUGAAAGGCACUCUGAUCUUGAGAUUUUGAACUUUUUUUUAUUGACAUAUCAGAUUUAAAAACCAAAAGGAGUGCCUGAGCAGCUUUGCAAGUGUAAGACAUUACUGUUUUCUGGCCAUAUGAAUUUACUCUCCUCCCUGACUGCAGCCUUUUAAUUUAACCCUUUACACCCUAACAUCAGUAUGCACAUUCUCCAUACUGUUAUCUGUACAUUUCCUGAGGUGCUGACAAGGAGAAUUUUUUGAAUAAUCAAGGGAAUCUUUAGAUCAUGUCUUUUAUUCUCAUGACCUUCACAUUUGACUCAGGGCUGAUAUUGUAGGGAGAAACUAAAUGCUAGUCACUGUAAGGUGUCAAAGUGUUAACUGUGUGCCCACUUCUUACUUCAGUCUGUCAGUCUCACUGCUUGUUUCAUAAACCUUUUUUUCUGUUUUUCUAUUCUGUCACAGAUUUUGGGUUCCAUCUAUUUCUUACCCAGUGGCCCAAAGCUUCUCUUUGACUCUACAGGGCUUUUCUUUGGCAACAAAAGGUUUUUCUAUUCCUCUUUUUUUGUUUAUCUUCUGUCCUGAUGCAAGCUAAUUCUGGGAAAUACUUUUCCAACACUCAAGUUCUUUAUUAACUGUUUCUAUUGUCCUCAUUCUGAAAAUUUUUGAGGAAGUUUAUUUAUCCUAGAAGUGUGGUUAUCCAUGUGGACAUCACUAAAGAAUUAAAGAAAGAAAAUUUCACUUCACCUCUCUCUCUUCACUUUUUUCUUUUCCUAGAAACAUUUAAAGUGAUUCAUACAUGUACAUUCACAGUGCAGAGAUUAUUAACUAUGACCAUAUCGCCCAGUAAGACAAGAAGUCCAUCAGAACUGCACCUCCUUUUUAGCCACAAAGUACUACUUUUCACUCUCAUUUUCAUUCCUUGUAAUCAAAUUCUAUGCUUAAUCAUCCUAACUCAUACUUUUUACCACUUAGUGCUCUUAUACCACUGUAAUGAAAGUCAUUCAGUUGACUUCUCUCUCUGCCAUGAUCAACUCCUGUGCUAAAUUAUGAUAAUUUUCCUAGGACACCCCGGUCAGCAGGCUCCCAGGGCUAUACUCAAUAUCAAUGGACAAGUCCUGGAUGUAAACCCAGCUCACCCUUUAUUGCCACGGAGAAGAAGAAAGAAGCAUUGAUUGAACAGAGCAAACCAAGGCCUGGGACAGCAGAAGCAGAAAUUGAAGGUAGAAAAGCUCAUUAGUUCAGGACAAUAACACACAGAUCUAGUUAUCUAGUUAUAUAUAGCUAUCAGAUCUCUCUAGUUAUUUCUGUUGUCAGUUUUCAAUUCUACCAUGAGACUCACUUACUCACAAGAAAUGUCUUUUUUUUUUAAGAGAUUCGAAGUCGGCUCCAGUCCCGCUCCUCACCUCGAGUGUUUACACAUCAGAGAGCCUCAGCAUCACGACACUCUGCUCGGCCCCAGUCUCAGCAGAGUGUGUAUGUUCCACCUGCUGAGUGCCUGGAACCUGCUGCCAUCAGGCCUCCUAGUCACCAGUCCAUCAAGUCACAGCAGUCAGUGAUUCGCAGUAUCUUGUCAUACAAGCCACAGCAAAAUCAGUGAUAAUACUUUUCAUGAUUCUUGCUGGCAUAAUUUGAAUAUUAAGAUAAAUCACUGUAAUUUCAAGGCAUUUUAGUGCAAUAUAUAAUUUAUUUUACUUGUCAAUGAACACUACCUCAUAGUUCAACCAACACAAUCAGAGAUGUUAGACUAAGAGGUAAGUUAGUGUUUUGUACAAUUUUUAAGUGUCUUACUCAGAUACUACUUGUAUUGAGAUCCACCUCUCUUACUCAAGGAAUGAUGGGGUUUUAUUAUAAAACCUCCUAAUAAAGUUACUGUCUUAGGAACAAUUAACAGCUUCCCAUGAGAGGGUUGGAAAUUAAGCAAUUGUGUCAGUCUUGUUAAAGAAAUUUUGGCAAGGUUUUUUUAAAUAUUCACUUUCCACUUAAGUAUAGCACACAAACCCCAUUUUUUCUCUCAAUUCACCUUUGAUGCAAAAAGACAUUUUUUUUUCUUGGAAUGGCACAAACGCAGUAGGUUACACAUCUAGUUUUGCUAUACACUCUUUUUGAAAAAAAAAAAACAGAGCAAAAGACUGAAUGGAAUUUAAAAAAUCUUAAACCUUUUGCAUGGAGUGUGCAGAGAUGUACUACCCUCUGAAAAUAAUUAAAUUACCUUAUCUUGGUUUGAAUUAAAGUGUGUAAAUGAUGACUCCUCAGAGUUAUAAAAUACUAAAUAACAAUUCAGUGAGAUUUUGUUGGCCUGUGCACUUUCAAUUACCUGAAAGAAAAUGUGAAAUAGGAAUAGAGUUGUUAAUGGUUGGGAGGAUGCGUACACAGGCAAGACUAUCAGCAGAAAAUAGAAUGUAAUUUUAUGUACAUUUGAAAAGAGAGAGAAGUGACUCUUUGGUACACCAGCUGGUGUUGCUUUGUAAGAUUUUUUUAGAUGAACUACUUGAAAGUAUAUGACUGUUUUAGAUUUCAUUUGUAAAUUCACCAAUUAGAAAAUUAAAAGAAACUAUUGUGUGUGCUGUUUUAACCUUUGACUGCCAAGAGUACUAGUAUCUAAUUUUUCUUCUUAAAAUAGUGCUCCUGAAUCACACAUCAAGGACACAAGAAUAAAGGAAAUGAGCACCAUUUAAAGAAACUUGUGAUUGUUAAAAAAAAAAAUUAUUCUUGUCAGCACCAUGGUAAAUGUCUAGAGACCUGUAUGGAGAAUAUGUAUGCUGAUGUAUGGGUGUAAAGGGGUAAUAGAUACUGUGGACAGUUUGGUGAGUCCCUAUGCUGUAUAAUUCCUCCCUUUCUAUAAUGCCUUCCUUGUGGAGGUCUUCUCUCUUCUCCUUAGUGAAAGCUUUAGGGUAGUUGUUUGUUAUCUAUUACCAUCCAUUUUAGGCUUGGUAAUGUUUAUGCAAAAAAGUUUGUGAUGGGAAUAAAUAAGUGAGGUACUAGUCAGGAG